UUUCUUCCAGCAGAUUGUUCGAAAUCACUGUUAUAAAACAUUUUCGUUCUUUCUAUCUCUUCAAAAGUCUCAAAAUUACAACAAGCGAUAUCGUUUCAAUCCUGAUUGCAUCUGAAUCAACUAAGUCUAUUUAUGUUUGAUACGGCAGCUGAAUUGCUCAACAAUAUCAGAUUACUUGGUUUCAACCCUACUGUUCAUAGUAAAGGUCAGUUGACCGGUGAUCUCGAUCCUAAUCUUUUCAGGAACAAUGGCGACAAUUCAAAGCCAUUCCAAGUUAUCACAUUUUUCUUAUUUCGUUGUUUGGACAAAAAGCGUACUGAAAAGGAAUUUGAAGGCUGCUUUCCUGUCACCAACCGCAGUCAGGCCAAUACUUUUCUGAACAAAACAUGUGCCUGGUUAGAAGAUUUAAGAAAGACAUCGCCUCUUUUGCGACACGUUCCAAUUAGACGAAGUUAUUUGAUUGAUUGUCGAGGCAUAGAGAUUAACGAAAUUAUGGUAGCUUUCUCUACCGUUGUAUUGCAAAAAGUGCUUUCAAGAGAUAAGAUAGCCACAGAUGCUAUAUACAAAAACCCUUACGAGAUAGAACAAGCAAUACAAAGAAUUCACGAAGAUUUUCAGCUUUUACAAGCAGACAGAUCUGAUUUUAUGCAAAACGCGUCUACCACCGCUAAAGAGUAUUCUGAAGCACUUAACGAUAUGUCAUUCGUCUCCUCUUCCUCUUCCAGUGCAUCACUUUCGACAUCUCAGCAGCCUGCUUUUCCUAACACAGCGCUUCUAAAAUCUUCUUUGAGAAAACCUUUGUUGGAUGUUAAAAUUCGACUAUCCGCAUUACAGACACAUAAACGAAAGCAUUACGAUAAUGAUAAUGGAAAGAAUUAUUCUGCUGAUAGCCAGCAAAAACACGAUUUUUUUGUUCCUCACGUAAGUGGAGUACGUGAUAAGACUCAAACCAAUAAGUUGGCUACAGUAUCAUCGGUGAUGCCUGAACCUCCGUUUACCAAAAAAAGACGAUUCGAACUAAAAGAUAUGCUACCGACAGACAACACUUUUAUAGAUGACAUCAAAUCCGAUUCAAAUGGAAUAGCCUUGCCUAAUAAGUUCCAAACUUCUACUGAUUUACCAGACCACUCAUUGUCACAACUUUCACCUGAAUUGACAACAUGGGAUUAUAAAAGAACCCACCAGGCUGGUGUGGGAUCAGCUACUCUUAACAGCAAUAUUGAACACUUGACUUCAGAUAAUGUUCCUAAUGCUGUUACCGCAUAUUCACGCUCUUCGCCAAUGUCUACUUCAUCUGUCAAAUCAAGAUUAUCAAAGCAAUUAAAUUACAUUGCCAACACCCCUACAUCUGUACUUGAGGCUUCAUCUCCCAGAUCUGCAAUAAACAAGUCAUCUACUAGAUCGGAAAGUUAUAUACUUCAAAAUCAGCAACUUACUGACUAUUACAACAGUAAUGACGAUGGAAGACGGGACAGUCGUACAUCUAAGUCAACGUCUUCUCCAAUACAUAGAAUGCAAACGACGCCUGCUCGCUUAUCUAAGACACCAGAGGCUAUUUCUUUCCAAUCAUCACCGUUCUCUUCAAGAGCAUCCUUAUCUUCGGCAAAAGCAUUAUCUUCAUUUAGGCCAGACACUACUUUGAAUGGUGAAAUAACACAUACGAAAACUGUCAGUGCUGAAGAAUGGGAUUUCCCCAACUUCCGUCAGCAGCUAACUAACUUAUUGACUCAGCUACCCUCCUCUUCAAUCAAACAUUUUGUUAUUCUUCCAACGUUAGAAGAGAUAAAAAGACUAGCACAUUCCUUCAAUGACGAAUUUGACGAGACUAAUUUAUCCGAAAACGAACAUAUCGAUUGGAAACCUCCACCAUUCCAGCUACAACGUCAUGUCCAUCAAACGCGUCGUUAUUCUUCAUCUUUACGACGUUUAUCAACUUUGACAGAUCGGUCAGCAAGAAAAAUGACAAAAGAUGAAAAACCUUUUGCGGCUACAACAACAACAGAGACAGCUAUAACCGAUGAUGAUAUUCCUAUGGCUCCUUCACGGCCUGCUAGACGACGAUCUAUUAUCAACCCUGAUAAUGGCUCUCAACGCAUUAGUCUCUUUGAUGAAAACGACAUGGUUGGGUCACCUAAUACCGAUAACGGCGACAUCUUGGAUAAUUUACGACCUUCUCGACGUUUUAGCGAUGUAUCACACCAGUACAAUGAUGAUAAUGACCGCAAUAAAGGAAGUAGCAUCUUUGAUACGAAUAGGCAUCAUUUACCCAAUUCUGGCAGUCCCAUUAAUGAGCGCUCCUAUAGCACAGCCUUCGGACAGCCUCUACGUCGAAGGACACGGCAAUCAAUAACUUCUUUGAUCAAUAGCAUGAAGCACGAUGAGAGCAGUAGUGACUUGAAAGAAAUGAAAUUAACUGAUAAUGAUCAGAAUAUAAAUGGUCCAACGUCUUCAUUGCCGCGAUUCCUUGACAGUGACAUUGGUGUUGACAAACGUGUUGACGGAAAUAAGCAACCCGAAGACGAACAAUUUACAGCAAAACAUCGUCAUAGUAGUAGCCCUGUUAGAUAUGGCAGUAAUCAAGCUACCAGUGUUAAUUCUCCAAUUGCUACCCAUGGUGAUUCUAACAACACCGAAGAUAACGAAACCUUCCCUUUACUUUCUCCCAAACGUCAACGGAAGUCACCUUCUACUACAUUCACUACUAGAAACAACAAUGGCGAUCUAUUUCAGUCAUCUCCUAUACGUGAAAAUAACUCUAAUAGCAUUAUGAGAAGUCCUUUGAAAGAAAUGGCUUCACCUGCUGCCGCUGCAAUCUCCAUUCCCUCAUCAUCAUCUGCUUCGCCUUAUGCCAGCAGAAGACAUCGACCGGGAAAUUCAUUGGUCUCCUUAGCAAGUCCUGAUUACAGAAACCUCGCUGCGUCAGCUUCAGCAUCUCCUUUGGGAUCUGUCUUUAUCGAUGAUGUAGAAACUGUAGCAGGUAUUGAUGGUGAAGAACCACCGUGGCGCUCAAUUUCAGAGGAAGGAAAUGAUGUACUACCACAACAACGACAACAAAGAUACCCACGAUCACAGUAUUAUUAUGAUAUUGAUUUGUAUACUCCCUCAAGACCCGUGCAUCGUCGAUUAUAAAUUUGUAGAUAGCAGAGCAACUCAGCUGUAAAUAGAUAAAGGCAUUGUACCAUCGAGCUUAAUAAAUGUUAACCAAGUAUUAAAGAUUGAAAGGAUAUACAGCGGUGAUCUAGUUGAAUAUGUGACCCCCACAUCGCCUUCUUUUUUAUAUGAAAAGGCGAGGGUGUACUUGGAAGGCCAAUACUGUUCUUGAGUGUCGAAUACAAGACACGAAAACAAUUUAAAAAAAAAUCAUUCAUUGCGGCUAGCUA